UUUCGAGCACGAGACGUGCAAACACACUCUCUUUCUCGUCCCGACAAUUGAUGAUCCCGUACAGGGCUUCCUAUUCACGUCUGUCCAGGAUUAGUGCAGAGGUCGAGGAGAGAUGAAUUAUGUGAGCAAAGAGGAAUAGAGGAUACUUGUGGAUGGGUGGCCACAAAAGACAGGUAAUUUAGGGUUAGGAAGACGAAACAGAAAAUGGGGCCAGGUCCCAAGUCGAGAUAUCUGAACUGGUGGGUGAGAAUAAAGCGAGUGGUUUUGUCAGCCCCACAAGGGCUUUGAAUUCGUGGCUACCAAGCAAGGUUUCAGGCAGACGUAGUUGACAAACGCUCAUUUAUUGUGCCUUUGGCUUAUAUUAAAAACCCGAACAUCAAAUCUCUUCUGGAAUCACCUCGUGCUCCCCCACCGCCACCUUCCAACUCCGAAUCAUCUCUUUAUCUGAUCUCCCUAUCUAAUCACUAAUCAAUUAUCAAUAAUCUAUCUAAAGCCUCUCCUCAUUCCCAUCAUUAUUAUCAGACUCACUCCUAAGCAACGCCUCCGCCUCCACUAGCAACAGCCGGCAAUACAACACUCAUCUCUGAGAAAAACAAAAAACACUCGUACCCACAUGGACUUGCAAUGAAAGUUGGAGGAGGCUUCAACUAUGCGAACGCUUUGCGACGCUUGUGAGAGCGCUGCUGCCAUCGUAUUCUGCGCCGCUGAUGAGGCCGCGCUCUGCCGUGCCUGCGACGAAAAGGUUCACAUGUGUAACAAGCUAGCUAGCCGACAUAUCAGGGUUGGCCUUGCCAGUCCAAGUGAUGUGCCACGCUGUGACAUAUGUGAAAAUGCACCUGCUUUCUUUUAUUGCGAGACAGAUGGAACUUCCCUAUGUUUGCAAUGUGACAUGAUAGUUCAUGUUGGAGGUAAAAGAACACAUGGAAGAUAUCUUCUUUUCAGGCAGCGGGUUGAGUUUCCAGGAGAUAAACCUGGUCAUGCAGAAAACCCAGCUUCACAGCCUCUGGAUGCUGUUGAGACCAAACGGGGCCAAAAUUCGUUGCUCAAAAUAAAAAUGGGAGAGAAACAACAAAAUCACAGGAUGCCAACCCCAGAACAGGAUGCUGAUGGGCUUGCCAAGAUGGAUACUAAAAUGAUUGAUCUGAACAUGAAGCCUCAAAGAAUACAUGAACAAGGGUCAAAUAAUCAGCCAUGAAAAAUGCAAGCGGCAUACAGCAGUUGACAAGAUGUUAACCCGUAUAUCCAUGGAGUCCAAAAGGCAUCAGAUACUUCUCAGGCAUGCUAGUUACAUUGUUGGCGUAAUCUGUUUUCAUCCUGGUUCAGUGGAGGAAGUGUAGGGGCGUCAAGCCGAGCGGUCAUUUCGCUUCUGUAAGAAUUCAACACCGUCAUAUCUGUAACUCAAAGCCUCAUUAACUGUAAUCGUUUGCAGGGAAAUUGUAUGGUAACUUUGUUUCUGACCUGUAACUUGUGUAUUCCACUUCAUAACAUGCUACCCUCCUUUGGUCCAUGGAAAUUGAAUUUUUCAAACACUCGAAAACUUAUAAGCUGUUUAGAUAUAAUAAUUAUGAAGAUCUUUCAA